GGGCGGUUCCGGGGCGGCGGCGGCUCCGGCGCACGGCGGCGCUUCCGCUGCGGGCGGCGCCACCAUGAACUACAUGCCCGGCACCGCCAGCCUCAUCCAGGACAUCGACAAGAAGCACCUGGUUCUGCUGCGGGACGGCCGGACGCUCAUCGGGUACCUGCGCAGCAUCGACCAGUUUGCCAACCUGGUGUUGCACCAGACCGUGGAGCGCAUCCACGUGGGCAAGAAGUAUGGGGACAUCCCUCGAGGCAUCUUUGUUGUGAGAGGAGAGAACGUGGUUCUGCUGGGAGAAAUAGACCUGGAGAAGGAGAGUGACACACCUCUGCAGCAGGUCUCCAUCGAGGAGAUCCUGGAGGAGCAGCGUGUGGAGCAACAGGCCAAGCAGGAGUCGGAGAAGCUGAAGGUGCAGGCGCUGAAGGAGCGGGGCCUGUCUGUGCCACGGGCAGACACGCUGGAUGAGUACUAGAGGUGCUGCCCCUCGGACCUUCCCCCCAUGGCACAGCCAGAGGGGCCUCGUGAGCCUCCUGCACCUGAGCACAUCUCUGGAAAGGUGGUUUUUCUUUUCAGGUUGUUUUCUGUGGCACAGAUAACUGUUAAAAAGCCCAAAUGCUGCCUCAUUCCUCCUUGCAGAGAAGGAGAGGCGUUGGGUGCCCUCCGAGGCAGCCGGGGCACUGGGGAGGACCAGCCUUUGUGUUCAGGAGCCAGAUCUUCUGGUCCUCUGGGUUUCUUUGCUGCUUCUUCCUCCUCAUGUGACUCUGGGAGAGAGUUUUCCUUGACAUGUAAAUAAAUCCUUGAUCUGAA